CUUGGUGAGUAAUUGAAAGUCAACUAAAGGCACACUCAUCUUGAAGAACGCGACAAACAGCUCAUACGGAAUAUAUGAUUCAGAGAAAAUGGAAAGUCUUAGAAAUAAACGUGCGGCGUGUCGGAGUGUAUUCACACGCGUAGCUAAUAAUUUGACAUCUCUAUUAGCAGAUUCAAAUAGGGACCCAGUAGAGACAGAAGCUGCAUGGGAACAACUUCAUGUAAAGAUGGACUAUUUAAGAGAAUCUGAUGAUGAGAUAAUGGAUAAAUUAUUGGAAGAGGAAACAUCAGAAGAAACCAUGCUGCAGGAGUUGGAAGGUACCGAAAAAUAUGUAGCUACAUUUACACAGUUAAAGGUGAGAUAUAGUAGAUUUGUUAUUAAGCCAUCAGAAGAGGUUAAUAGCGAUGCUAAUAGCGAUUUUACUAAACGACAACGCAAAAUAAUGAAACUACCCAAAAUUGAAUUAAAAAAGUUUGACGGGUCAAUACGAGAUUGGCUGCCCUUUUGGAGUCAGUUUGAAAAAAUUCAUACUGAUGAGACGAUUGCGUUAGAGGAUAAGUUUCAAUAUUUAAUUUUCGCGACUGUGCCGAAUUCUAAAGCUAGAGACGUCAUCGAAGGUUUUCCUCCAACUGCAGGAAAUUAUUCUGAAGCAGUUAACCGAUUGAAAACGCGUUUCGGCAGAGACGAUUUACUCAUAGAAUUUUACGUUCGAGAGUUGUUGAAACUAGUUUUGCGUAAUGACGGUACACAUUCUAAAAAUGAGAUCGCCAGUUUGUAUGAUAAACUAGAGACUCAAAUCCGUUCCUUGCAGACUUUAGGCGUGAAUAUUGAUAUGUGUGCGGCCAUGUUGUAUCCGUUGGUAGAAUCGUCUCUGCAAGAAGAAUUCUUGCGUGCCUGGCAGCGAUCGUCAGAUUUUGCAGCAGCGUCUAGCAAUUCUAUGAAUUCUAGAUUAGAUAAGUUAAUGAAAUUCUUACGUUCAGAAGUGGAGAAUGAAGAGAGGAUCACUCUAGCCAUCGAAGGUUUUUCAUUAAGCAAUGAUGAAAAAUUUAAGAAACCCAGAAGUAAAGUCGAAACUAAGACUAGUACAGCCUCCGGUCUUGUUAAUUCAGGUAUAACCUCUUUUUCUAAGUGCACAUUUUGCGAUGGGAAUCAUGCAGCUGAACAAUGUUUUAAGUCGCAAAAAAUGACAUUAGAUGAGAGAAAGCAAUGUUUAAUUGAUAAGCGUGCAUGUUUUCGUUGUGCAAAAAUUGGUCAUCAGGGACAUAGAUGUAAGAUCAAGUUAAAAUGUGUCUUAUGUGGGUCUAGACAUAUUGUCAAUUUGUGCCCUGAUCUAGAAAAGCCGAAAAAUGAAUGUCCAAAUACUGUGGUUGAGCCAAAAGUUACUUCUGAAGGUAAAAUCAUACCUACUCUAGCGAAUUGUACAGACACAUGUGUAUUUCUCCAAACAUUAGUGGUUAAAAUUUAUGGGGAUUGCGGAGAAAAAUGCGUUCGUGCUCUGAUUGAUACGGGGUCUCAAAGAUCGUAUGUGUUGAAAUCAGUGGUCAACACAUUAAAAUAUACGCCCAAGAGAAUUGAGGCUAUUGUACAUGCUCUUUUUGGUGGAACCGUUUCAGAAGAACAGGAGCACUGCGUGUAUCACUUAAAAGUCGGUAGUUUAGAUGACAGUUAUAUAUGUCGUUUUGAGGCACUUGAUCAGCAGACGAUUUGUAAGAAUAUCGCUCCGGUCUCUGCAGGCAUAUGGAAUAAAGAGGUAAAUCGUCGAAAAAUUACUUUAACCGACAUCGAUAAUUAUGAACCGAUUUCGUUAUUAAUCGGGGCAGACAUAGCGGGCAAGAUUUUUACUGGGAAAAACCAUAUCUUGAAAUGUGGGCUUGUAGCUAUGCAAACGUUAUUGGGAUGGGUAUUGAUGGGUAAAACGCCGAUAAGAACGAAGGUACCUAACGUUUCCAUGAUGGUUACUAAUUUGUUAAACGCAUCAGCGUCUGUUACUGCUUUAUGGCAGCUUGACGUUUUGGGAAUCGCAGAUUCACGUGAAGCUGACGGCAAGUUACAACAACAAGCUGCUGCACAAGAGUUUUUUAAAGAAACAGUAACCAUAAAUGAAGAAGGACGUUAUGAAAUUAAAUUUCCUUGGAUCGAAGGGCAUCCGCCGUUGCCACAUAACUACAAUAUGGCCAAACGACGUUUGAAAUUUACUGAAAAGAAACUCAAAACUACGGGGUAUCUUAAAGAGUAUGACCAAGUAUUUUCUGAAUGGCAAUCUGAAAAUAUUAUAGAACGCGUGCCUGAUGUAGAACUAAAUAUUCAGUCACAUUACUUACCUCAUCGUCCGGUAAUCAAAGAUACAAACAGUACGACAAAGAUUAGACCCGUUUUUGAUGCUUCGGCUAAGGAAAAGAAUCAACCAUCAUUAAACGAUUGUUUAGAAAAAGGCGUUAACUUGAUUGAACAGAUACCCGACCUGUUGUUGAAUUUUCGGAAGGAAAAAAUUGGGGUUACUUCGGAUAUAAAAAAGGCCUUCUUACAAAUUAGUGUACACCGAAACGAUCGAGAUUUUCUACGGUUCUUGUGGAAAUCAGAAGAUGGUAAAGCCCGUUUAAGCGGCGAAGAGCUUUAUACCACAUUGUGUGAUUGCGAAUCUGUAAUCAAUUCGAGGCCGUUAACGUAUGUGUCCAAUGACGCCAGUGAAUUGAUUCCAUUGACUCCGGUCAUGUUCUUACGCGAACUUGCGAGUAGCGGCGUGCCUGAUUGUGACUUUGCAGAUAGUGUAGCAUUAAAUCGUCGAGUAAAGUAUGUACAACGAUUACGCGAGAAUUUGCGUAAGCAGUUUCGUGCAGAGUAUUUAGGGCAAUUAAGCCAAAAGUUUUUGAACAUUUCGUCGCGUGAUAUUAUCGUAGGUGAGAUUGUGUUAAUCGGUAAUGAUCACAGUAAACGUCUUGAUUGGCCAUUAGGAAAAGUCGUUGAAGUAAUGAGAGGUCAAGAUGCGGGAAGUUGGUGCAGCUUAAAACCCAACACGGAUUAUUGCUACGACCUAUUCAACGCAUUUAUCCCUUGGAGGCUACGUCAGAAGAGUUUCAUAUGCAAAAAGCAAAACAAGAAACGAAUUCCUCCAGCUGCGAAUUAA